GUCUGGUGAACGUGCGUGUGCGCGUACAUGUGUGUGUGGACCAGCAGCUAACACACACUUAACAUUCGUUCGCAACAUGGCGUUGAAGCGCCGAGAGACACGACGGCUCUCCCCCGACUAAUGCAAGCUAAUUGUUGUUAAAGCCAGUGGACUGCUCACCAAAGAAACCUAAACAUUCACAGAGAGUCCUUUACGCACCGCCGGAGACAAAAGCGGAUUCCAACAUAUGCAUGUCGCUAUAACGGUAUAGCUGGUUGUAUAGACGUAUUGCUACCCCACUGGAGGAAAUCAAAGGCUGUACAUGGCGGUGGAGAGUACAAUUUGGCUGUUCUGUCUUCUUUCGCUGUUCUGUGGUCCAUCAAAGCAAGAAAAGCCUUUUUCGGUGGAGCUGAGCUGCGGGGCGGGGCCCAGUCAUGUAGUGUUGGAGCCAGGUUCGCCCCUCCUGCUGGACUGCAAGCUUGGGGCCACUGAGACACCUUUCAAUGUCACCUGGUUUCAGGAUGGCCAGCGCCUGCCUCUGGAGGGGGGGGGCUUCCUGCAGUAUUUGGCCAACGGAUCCCUCCUCCUGCUGCCGACCUCUAAGGAGGGCCAGUCCCCCCACCAGGGAGUGGAGGGGGGCUACAGCUGUGUGACUGCUAGCGCCCUCGGAGCCCUGACCAGCCGGACUGUGAAUGUUCUCCUUGCAAGUCUGUCUAAGUUUCAUCAGGAGCCAUCGCCCCACACAGUGCCCGCUGGGGGGGCUGCUCGCUUUGAGUGCCAGAUUGAGGGAGUACCCACACCUGUUAUUACCUGGGAGAAAGACACAGUGGCCGUCCCUGAGGAGACAAGGUUCAUUUCCCUUCUUAACGGGGUGCUUCAUAUACUGGAGGUGACCAAGGAGGAUGAGGGUGCCUACCGCUGUGUCGCGUCCAAUUCUGCCAGGAAGGACAUCAGUCAUGAAGCCAGGCUCACUGUCACCACAGGCUCCACUGAAGCUCUGAACGGAGUUGCGAUUGUUGCCCCGCCUCAGAAUGCAUCGGUGGUGCUGGGCCGUCCCGCUGUGAUGGAGUGUAUGGCACAAGGCCAGCCGAAGCCUCUGGUGUCCUGGAGCAGACAAGAUGGAAAGCCCAUUUCUACUGAUGUGGUUGUGCUCGCAACGAACCUGGUGAUUAGGGACACGAGGCGUCACCAUGCCGGCGUCUACGUCUGCCGGGCCAACAAGCCCAAGACCAGAGAAUUUGUCAUUGCUGCUGCUGAGCUGCAUGUGCCUGCCGCUCCAGUGAUCCUCCAGCCCCCAGAGACAGUGUCCCUCUCCAGGGGAAACACAGCCAGAUUUGUGUGCAACAGCUCAGGGGAACCUCCUCCGGUGUUGCACUGGCUUAAGGACGGUCAUCCCAUUAAGUCUUUCAGACGGGUGAAGACCCAAAGCCCUGGGGUCCUGCUCAUCAACCAGCUGGCCCUGGAGGACGAGGGCUACUACCAGUGCAUAGCAGACAACGGGCUUGGCACAGCCUGCGCAACUGCUAAGUUGACGGUCAUUGUGAGGGAAGGUCUGCCAAGCCCUCCGCGCCACCUCUCUGCUACGCCCUACUCCAGCACAACGGCCCUGCUCACCUGGGAGAAGCCUGAGUACAACGCAGACCAAAUCAUCGGCUACUCUGUGCACUGCCAACGCGCCGCAGGGUCAGAUAAUGUGGAGUACCAGUUUGCGAUGAACAACGACACCACAGAGUAUCACGUCAAAGAGCUUCUGCCCCACACUGCCUACACUUUCUUUGUGGUGGCUUACUCUCCCAUGGGGGCCAGUCGCCCCUCCCUGCCUGUUACAGUGGAGAUGCUGGAGGACGUGCCCAGUGCCCCUCCUCAGCUGUCUAUAGCCAGCACCUCCCCCACAGACAUCAGGCUGAUGUGGCAUCCACUGUCCUCGCAGUACAGUCGAGGAGCUGUGACCCGCUACCGCAUCGAGUACAGCACUGUGGAUCAGGUGGACUCAGUGUUCUCAAUGGAAGUGGGGGGGAAUGAGACUCAGUUCACUCUGAGAGAGCUGCAGCCCAAACAGGCCUACAGACUGAGGAUAGCAGCGGGGACGGUCGUUGGCUUUGGGCUCCCCUCUGAGUGGGCCCAGCACCAAACAUUAGCCCACUACAACCACAGCGACCAAAGCAUGGUGAUCUUUGCCCCCACUGAGCUGAAAGUCAAAGUCAGAGAGAACACACUGAAUGUGACAUGGCAUCCGUCGCCCAAUCACACUCUGAUCUCCGGUUACAAGCUGUCCUGUCGAGAGGUGGAGGCUGACGAGGCAGCCAACGGAGAGAGGACGACACAGACUCACACCAUCAGGCUCCGUAAGAAAGCCCGGUAUCAUCUCCUCACUGGGCUGGUCCCUGACCGGCAGUAUGAGGUGAGAGUUUGGCCAUUCAACAAGCAGAUAGAUGGAGCGGCUGCUAUGUGGAAUGGAAGGACAGAAAAAGCCCCCGACAGAACAUCGUUGCCGCCCAUGCGCCCCCCUCCAUUGCCCCCAAGCAGCAUCCAAGCCAUGGCCAACAGCUCCACCUCCAUCUGGCUGCGCUGGGAGAAGCCGCGGUUCAGCAACGUGCGCAUCAUCAACUACACGGUCCGCUGCAGCCCGGCGGGAACAACCAACGCCUCCCUGGUCUCAUAUUACACGAGCUCUGCUCAGGAGAUACUGCUCGGGGCGCUGAGGCCCUUCACCCGUUAUGAGCUGGCGGUGCAGUCUAAUGGAGUGGACGUGGUGGGACCCUUCAGCGGCACAGUGGAGGAGUCCACCCUGUCCGACCGGCCCUCCACUCCUCCUGAGGAGCUGCAGCUGAGCGCUCUGGACUCGUCCUCGGUGCUGGCCAGCUGGCGCCCUCCGCUGGAGCCGAACGGUAUCAUCAUCAGCUACAGCAUCCUGUUCAGUGGCAACCUCAGCCAGCCGGAUCACUUAUGGGAAGACCUCUCUCAGGAGGGGAGCAUUACCAGUGUGGAGGUCCAGGGUUUGUCCAGUGGCACACUUUACUUUUUCAAACUGGGAGCAGCCACUGAAAUGGGGUCAGGGCCUUAUUCACCUGUAAAGGAUGUCAACACCCCCCUUCAGAAAUAUGAGCUGGACAUCCAUGCAGUGACAGGCAUCAUAGUCGGUGUGUGUCUGGGUCUGAUAUGCAUCCUCCUCUGCAUGUGUUUCAGCUUUCGAAAUGGCAAAUCCAGAGAGGUGUCUGGGGGCCUGGACUCCACAGCUGUGACCCUUCAGUACAGGCGAGGAGGAUGCCCCCUUCCCACCAGCGUGCCAGAGUGCAGCGAUAGCCACGAGCUGGAGACCCUGAUGCCCUCAGGCAGCCAAGAGUCUGGUCAGCCGCUAGAAGAGGUCCCCGAGGAGCAGAGCCUGAUGACUGCGUGGAAUGGCUCUGUGAGUCAUGACUGGGCCAACAGGAUCACUAGAUACAGAGACACCAUAACAGAAGACUCUCCCUCGCUCAUAAAUGGAGCUCUCAGCAUGGACUUAGAAGACCGUCUGUGUUCAUCCAUGUGCAGUAACCAGGUGGAGGCAGAAGUCAUUGUUCAUUCAGAGCUCUCAGACCCAGAGGAGGAGGGCAGCGAACGGGAGAGGGAUUCAAACACCACCAGAGGACCCUCAUUAUCAGAGGAUAGCUAUUCCCCUGUGAGUCAGCCGAGCCCACUGGGGGAGGGGGACACACUCGAAAAACUAUCACUCGCCCAGAGCCCCUCGAGUCUUCCCUUGAUAAAGUUGGUGGCUAAUCACAAUGGGGAGCUACAAGGCAUGGGGGACCAGCCGAGCGCAGACAUAGAGCCACAGCAGGAAGUGAGGCUGACCAAUGGCUUCCACUCCCCAAAGACGGUGCGUUCUGUGCUGAGGUCAGAACACCUGGAGAACGGGGACUCAAGACACUGCCAGCCGGCUCCAGGAAAGGUCAUCUCUACCGGGCUGUCCCCUGCCCCCUUUGUCAGCUCCGGCCUUGUCCACUCUACCUCAGUAGCACACAGUUAUCUGUGCCCGUAGCAUCUGCAUGUAGGGCAUCGGCCCUUACACACACAUACAGACAGCAGACAGAUUUUCUUUCUUUUACGUACCCAGGAAGAAUCCCUAAGGAUUAUUUUUAUGCACCUCAUUAUUGGAUUCCUUUCUCUUCCGUGCAAAGAUUUUAUAGGUACUUUGAAUCCAUUGUUUGUGUAUAUACAGCAUACAGUAUAUUUUUAGUGGUAGAGUACUGUAUAUGGGUAUGCAUUGGCUAGCAUUGCAACCAUAUUUUCCUCUGGCUUUUCUUCCUGUCUUUAGGAAAGAAAGAUGUAACUUAACCAAGCAGAAGGAAGUGGACUGAAGGAGGCUAUUCCCACUGUGUUGCACGUUGCUUUGUUCCACUAAGGAAUGAGAAAGCCUGCAAUGUUCUGUAAGAGAGAGGAACAGGCGAUCAACGUGGAUGGGAGGAACUGAAACGCAGGCUCGAUAAGUCUCCUGGGCUCCGUCGUGUGGAUGCUUUACCGUGGCACCGAGGGAAAAGCCUCAAAGAAUAUCCAGCCUCCUGCUGUCUCAGGAUCCACACACACACACACACAUAGAAAGUUAAAUUACAGCUGAUUCCGUGGUAUUACACAUAAGCUUAAACAGUCACUCAUACACACACUUAUCCUGACUGGAGUGUGGAGGUCUCAGGUGCCUAAUUAUUGUAGGUGCGUUUAUAACCUCUGUAUAUUUCUAUAGAUGCUUCUAUUCAGUAAACAACACCUGUCAUUGUGAAGAACAAAAAGACAAUACAAAUGUACAAAGAUGGAGUAUACACAUUUGCUACACAUGAAGUAUUCUUUUCCAUAAUGCCAUAUAUUCACGUGGUGUAACUUUGUAAACCAGGGACACUCAGUUGAAAAGUAAAAAGUAUUUUUGUUGCUGUAUUUGGUGGAUAUCUCAUUAUGGAAGAAUUGACAUGUUCACAUUGGUACUGGUUUUAUUAUGUUGGUACGAGGAGAACUAGUAACACGUUUUAAACAAUCCAUCUGAUUUGGCUCCCUAUUAGGGAUGCACCAAUGGGAUACUGUGCCAUUAAACCGCUUUUGAACUCAGUAUAAUCAUUUCCUCAUGUGAAACACUUGCCAAUGUUUUUAAAUCAACUUAACUCUAGAGAUAUAUCUGAUUGCAGUUUUGUGAAAACAUUUCCAAAAUGCUAUUCUCUGCUUCAGUACCAGAAUUUACAUGUUUUACAUUUAUUUCUACAUUGAUCAGAAAAUAUAAAUAAAUGUGCUAAAAAACGUUAAAUUAACCCCUAAAAGUUCAACGUUUUCGAUCAGAUUGCUUUCCAUAAUUGACUCUCAGUCAGCAUUGUUUUUAGCAGUGUAAACGAUGAACUAGUGCAUCCCUACUCUUACCAACAACACUACCUCAUUACUUUUCAGGACUGUUUCCAGUGUGAUUCUAUCAGUUUUAUGUAACUAGCACCUUUUUAAGAUAUUUUUCUGAUAUCACAGCCUUUGGUGUUUGCAGAAAUAAUCGUCCGACUGUAUGUUCUUAUUUCAUGACAAAGGAAUUGUCGCUUUAGUGCAUUGUAGCGUCCUCUGAGAUCUCUGAAAGAUUGGGUCACUCAGUCUUAUGUUAACGAUAAACCCCUACAGACAACAUACAUCCCUGUGUCUAUGAUAUGAAGCCCCUUCAACACGGUCCAGCCAAUGUCAUUCAGCUGUAGUUUAGGACAGUAUAAGCUGCUGCAAUUGGACAUUGUUGGCACCUGUUUGCCAGCUAAAUAAAUUCACCAACUAUAGUCCUGAAAGUACUGAUUACAUCAACAAGCUUCUUGCUCAACAAAUGUCCUUUUAACUCUGGUCUGUAUUUUACUCCAGUGUUAAAAUGACAGCAGCUUUAUAAUUAUUUGCCCAAAGGAAGCAAUAAUUGUCUCCACAGAUGAGAGAAUGGGUUUACAAAUAAGCUGGUUCCACAAGGUGCUUCACUUCAAAAAGACUCAUUUGAACUGAUGUGAUUAAAAGAAAGGAGUUGUUGAGAUCAGUUAGAAAUAAUAAUCUUAAAACUAAUAUCCACUCAAAUGUUGAUAACAUUUGAGCCCAAAUGUGUUGAAUAUGAUGCCUCAUCUUCUCUCAGGUGGCUUUCUUCUUGUUAUUCGAUACUCAAAAGUGAGUGGAUAAACUCUUCUUUCCUACCUUUCUCUCUACUCCUUGUUCUUGCAUGUGUCGAAAUCUCACCAGCUAUUCUCAAUCCCAUCAGCAACAGAAACGUAAAAUGUCCCUCACGACAUGACAAACAGGUUUUUCUCUAACACAUGCAGUCCUUGAUUUUCCGAAAACAAAGCUUUGUCGGUACCUCAGAGAUAAUUUGUUUAGCCUUGCCAUGUAUAUACUAAACAUUACAACCUAGAUCAACAAAGUUUCUUUUGCUACAGCAGCACUUAUAAAGGGACAAAUGAAUGUGUUCAAAGCGAACCUGGGUAAAGAUUACAUGCAGGAUGUUUUGGAGGUGAGUGGGUGAACAAUUCAGAUUUGAACAACUGUCAGUUACAGAAGGUUUUGUUAAAAACCUUAGACUUAAAAAUGUAUGGCACUUACUGAAGCAUGCUAUUUCGAAAUCAUACUCAAAUGGAGCGUAAAAAGCACUCAACAGCACGCUUGCCUAUGGCAGGAAACUGCUGCUGCACCACUCUACUCAUCAAUCUGAAGUGACAAGCGUGUUUUACCUGUGGCCCAAUUCCAAUUAGUGAUGCCAGAACAGGUUCCUAUCAGCUGUUAAAAGUCAAACACCUGCUGUGACAUCUUUUAUUUGGGUGAUACAUUUAAAUAUAUAAAAAGCAGUGCAGCUACAGCCUUCUACGCUUUGAUUUGAUUACCACCUUUAUAUGCAGUAAACUAAAGCAAACCACCAAAAUGAUGUUUGUAUUUUUGAUCCAGGUUCUGAUUUUAUAUUGAAACUGUUUCACAUCAUCCUCAAAAGCCUGUAUGUCCAAAAUCUAGAAAUAAGCAUAAUAUUCUUAAAAGCAUUCCAGUUUGAUACCUCAAACAUACCUCUCUUAGUCCAGGUCAGCCGUAUUAAUGUAUGUGAUGAAGAGAAGUGCUACAGACUCUGCUCCUGCUCUGCUUAGGUUUCAUGCAGACCUGGUUUCAGUUCUUACCAUUCACCAUUUGCAGAUACUGAAGUCUGAACUGCAGUUUUUGCAAACUACUUGGACUACAACCAAGUGGAUGGCGGUCACUGAAUCAGAACGAUUAAGAUAGUGUUUCAAGUAAGUAAUCGGUCACUGUUACAAAAAUGACCUUUCAAACAUUUUCUCCCGAUCUUUUGGGUAUAACGUUUGUGAAGUUUUCUCUCACCCGGCAUAUCCAUUUUUCAAUCACUGGGAAACUGUGAUUCUCUAUUUAGGAGUACGCUUUUAUGAUAGCUGCCGAAAUCGGACACAAAAUGAUAGUUUGAAAUGUAAAUGGUACAGUGUACUAAGAUUUUUAGUAACAUACAGUAUUUAAAUUAAGUGUUUUCACAAAAAUGGUGGCUGUCAAUUCAUGCAACGUUCUUGUGUUUCAAGUCUCGAUGCCGUAGUGGAUCAUGAUGGUAUGUAGAGACAACAAAGAGGGUCUGAAAUAGGAAAUAAAAUAAACCUGCCUCCAGCAUAAAGGAUGUAAAGGAGCUCUACUAACUCUUUAACCACUGACUUUUAAAUACAAGUACAUUUCAUCAGAUUAUUUGUGAGGAAAAUUACUCAUGAUCUCAUUUUGUAGAGACGAUAAUUACUUUAAUAAUUUGUUUAUUUCAUCCUCUUUACAAGGGGGUUAAACAGUAUACCUCAUUGUUGGUAAAGUGUUGAUUUUAUUUGGAUCAGUUUCUUAAUACGAGUAAACAUGUAUUCAUAAGCAUCCUGUUGUUUUGUGAGCGGAGAGAGAGGACAGGAUCGAACGUUUCAUUUUACCUCAGUGAGAGUUUUUACCCAUUAUAGUGGCUUGGAUUGUCUAGUGGUGAACACAGAGGGGAGGAUGGGUCAGUUGGAGCAAUUGGCUUUUACAUAGUCAUUCUGCAACAGUAAAAGCUUUUUAAAGAGUUAAACGCAUGGGUUAACUAAAAGGGUACUCGAAUAUUAGGAGAAGAGAGCAAAGAAGUGUGUUUCUAACAUCCUAAUAAUCACUCUUUGGUAAAACACCACUUUUACAUAACCCAGGCGUCUGAAGUGCAAGGCAGGGAGAAGGGACAUCCCCCCCAGGCAGGUCAUACCUCUCAGUGCAGACAGUCAUUUUAAAAUAAAUUGUCUUCUCUACUCAGGUGUCCCAUCUUUGCAUACAAUUGUAGAGGAUCAUGGCAGCAUAUCCAACUCAGAUACAUCAUACGUCAUUUGUGGUCAAACAACGCCUGAUUGUGUUCUUUU